UAUCGAUGACCAUUAAAAAUUGUGCCUAUAAAUCCAAGCAAUCUAAGCAAUCCAAAACUCUGUAACCACACUUUCUUUCCAGUCUAUUAGCCGAUAUGUCCAGCGAGUUAGCCAAAAUGGCAUCACUAUCGCUGUUUUCGGCAGUUAUCGAUUGCCUUUUAAGCUUUUGUAAGACCCGAGUUGGCAGCACAGUUGGACGAAUACGGGAAGCAGCCGCACUAUGGGUGAUAUGAGCUGGAACGAGUUUCUCAGUCAGGCCAAGCAGUUUCUGGACAUUUCCCAUCAGUUGGGCGAUAGUUGGAUGCUCCAAGAGAAGGACAUGAAUGAACCGAACACUUUCCUCAAGUUUAGUCAAAAGAUAAAGAGUAAAAGUGGAGAGCUAAUUAAUGUGGAUUAUCAUGUAGUCUACAGUGUCUCCUAUCAAGUGCCCAUGCUGUUUUUCCAGGCUCACAGAUCGGAUGGCAGUCUUCUAGAUCUGGACGCAACCUGGCAAUGCUUCAUGCCGGACAGUAAGGCCAGUGAGCUAUACCAGAUACUGACCCAAAUGGACCAUCCCGUUCUCUUCAAGCCCUUCAUGGCCCUGCAUCCUUGUCGCACCGCCGAAGUUCUGAAGCAAUUCGGCCAGCCGAGUAACAAUCAGGUGCUCACCUUCAUCAGCCUAUACGGUCCCCAGGUGAAGUUGUAUCUGCAGAAUGCCUAUGGCCUCAGCCCCUAGAUCAGAAGCCUGUAACGC